CCCGCAACUCUGCGGCACGGUAUUUACCCAAAAUCCACUAGACCCUGCCAACUCAUUCUCAGGAUCUUCAUCCACGUUCCUCUAUAGACAUGCUAACGCAAGUUCUAUGCAAAAUGUUUCAGCGCAAAGCAAUGCCAAGAUAUGACCCGCUGGCGUGGAUACAAAGAUACAGAGAAAAAUGUAGAAGCUGAGAAAGUUAAAAGGCUUGGGACGCCUGGAUUCAUCUUGGCUGCGUGAUACAUCACCAAUUGUGUGCUCCCUUGGCAACUUGGCGAUUCGAUUUCCCUAGCCCUACAGAAUAAGCUUCUUACGUCUGCCGAGUAUCAAAAAGUCGAAACCUGAUAAUUAGGUAAUCAAGAUGGAGGCAUCUGAGGCGCCCGAGACGGGUGUUGAGGAGUUAAAAUGCGAGAAAGUCGGCGAGGCCAUGCCCGACAUUGCGGGUUAUGGUGUUUUAAUAGGUCUCAGCGUACAAGCUCUCAUCUCGUUAGUGUUAGCUUUCUGGGUGUUUUUCUUGACGAAACUCGGCCGGCUCGAUGUUUCGCACCCUGAGGGUACUUGGGAACAUGCAAGUCAGAAGAAACGACUUGGCUUCGUGUCUGAUAUUCUUAUGGUCGGAAAUGACUUACAGAUGAUUACUGGAGUCGCACUCAUCAUCACGGCGCUAUCGAAGGGCACUGAGAUCGACUUGUAUCAUCUACACUUAGUCUUCGACACCGUAAGCUUCGUCGGUAUUUCGAACGCGGCAGCACUCGUCUGCUGGACCUUCAUGCAAGCUAAGGAGCCCGCUAAGCGACAUCGCAGAGUGAUCCCGGCUCACUGGACUGGACGUUUCCGAGUAUCAUACGUCUUUGCAAUACUAUUUCUAGUCCUAACCAUCCUUCUCGAAAUUCGUCUCGAUCAAUGGUCGUUAACCUCCGAAGAAGUCGGCUACUGUUAUGUGACGACCGGUAUCGCAACUGCAGGAGCAGCCCACCCCCUGACCGACAAAUCGUACGUGGCGGUCACAGCAAUAUGGCUAUUGUUAGUCAUGUUCGGAGCUCUCUUCGCCUCGGCCAAGUUCCGGAAACCCCUGUUGAUUCUCAGCUUUUUACAAUUCCCCGUCCACUUGUACAUGAUGAUUGCCCUACGAAGUGCAAACCAAGACUCCCUCGAGGAACACGAGAACGAGAACGAGUGGGAUUUCGGCCAGACAACAGCAACCAUAUUGCUUGGCCUCGCGAUAGCUCAACUGAUACACCAGGGUGUAAACUUCAUGAAGUUCGAACGAACCCUACAGAAGCAUGGACCCGAAUAUGCGUUGACUCAAAAAGAUGAACAUGGCGAACCGACUUCAUUAAUGGAGGCAGGACUCCGGGCUAUUGAAGAGGCGAAACAGGGCUCGGCCAGUCCUCGCCCAGAGAGAGGGAGUAGCAUAGAACGACAUGAGGAAAGCUACGAGCUAAUGAGGAACCCCGAGAGUAGGGCAUACCGCAACUCUGAUUAGGAGGGGCAUCGGUGACGCCAUUACUCGGGGAGUGUCCUGGACUUCGUUGUCGACGUAUUUGAUAUUUAUACUAGAUUCCAACA